UGCUUAAGGAAACCGUACUCCUAAAUCCAACAUAAAGGAAGAGCAGCAACAUCUUGCUAUAGAUAGCAUGACCAGGAAUGCAUAUCAUCUACAUCAGUCUCUUUAAUGCUUCCAAGUUGCUACUUUGGAAAGGGCAAUUAGACUGAGGCAGCAUCAAAUGAUGACAAGCAGAUGUUUGUUUAAUUCAGGAGAAGCAAGUUCUUUCAGGACCAAGCAUAUUGGGAUUGCCUUAUCUUCUCCAGGAUGCUGAGAUUGUAAACAUCCAUCUACUCUUCUCAUGAAAGGUGAAGCUGACGGGUGAAACUUUCUCCAAAGAAAUAUGUUCCAAUAUGUGCAUUCCUGGCAAUAAGACCAGAGAUCUCUUCAGAUUACUUCUUUUCUGGAAGACCAGACUGAUUCAAAGUAUAAAAUGUCUUCCUCUGACAACGAAGUGUCAAAAUGGCACCCUGAAGAUGUCAGAGAAAUAGCUGAGCUCUUGUCACCAUUGGUCUCACCUAACAAUGUUCACAUUUUAUCUCCAGAGACCCCUCUUCCUGGCAUAGACCAAUAUAUGCACAUUUCUGGAAAAACAGAUUCUGCAUACAGUUCUUUCUCAGGGAGCUCAAAUCUUCCAGACGUCCCUAUGUCAUUAGGCUCUGGUGAACAUGAUUUGCUGCCUCUGAAGCAAAUGCCAUAUAUGGAUUCAGGAUAUAUAGGAAAUAUUUGUAAUCCCAGUGCAAGGCAUUCUGAGGAUGGACAGAUGUAUGAAAAUAAGAUAGGGAGAAAAGGCAAUUACCCUAGGCUGGACAGCCCUACAUGUAUCAAAUCAUAUGGAAGCCAGCCAACCCCUGAGAUGUUAUACCAAACUGCAUCACCAUUGAUCAGGCUCUCACCUCUGCUUUCUCAUCCGCCAUCCCCAACAGGUCAAGUAGAUCACUAUAAAAUUAACCGAAAUGUGGAUGAAACUCAUGCUGGAAUUUGCUUUAGCCGUAAUGUUCAAGGAGAAACCUACAUGGAAGAGGGCAACCAAGGGCUUCCUUUGCACACCCUACCAAAUUGCUGUAAUGACUGUUGGCUCUCAUUUUCUCAGAAUGAAAGUCCAGUCACAGAAAAGGACGCCAUUUGGUGUCCUACUAACCUGAAUACUACAAAGAAUAGUACUACCUCUUCCACCAAGCAUUCUGUUCUUCAAGAAAAGUCAAAACUGGGCUCUUUGGCCAAGAAGUUGUUGACUGCUCAGAAUGCAAUUUAUGCUUAUAAAAUUCCAGAGGCAACGAGGGCUAAGCCUUCUCUUUCACUGCAGACCAACCGCAAACCUGUUAAUGAUCCACUGGAGGACAAACAGUAUUAUGCCAGCAGUGUACACAAGCCACACUUUGGAGAAGCUGAUUUGACAAGCAGGGCUCCAGUACCCAGGAAACAGGAGGGGCAGCUUUAUGGGCUUCUGGACCUGUUCAGAGUUGAUGAUUAUUCAGGUUUUGAUCACAGUAUAUACAAGAGCAGUAAAAGUUUAAAAUACGCUGACAGCUCUGUUCCUAAUGAAGUUACACCGAGAAUAAUUAAUACGUAUGAAGAUAAGGACAGCACUUUCUGUUCUGAGGAAGGAAACAACAGAAGCAUUUCGCAGCAACCUUUAAAAAUCCAGAACCUGCCAUCUCAGUCUUUGGCUCCCACCGAAACAUCUUAUGGUAAGAUUUAUGAGACAUCACGUUCAGGAUCUUAUUUCAACUAUGAUGCAGAGGAAGUUGCUUCUCAAUUAUUCAGCAGCCCUGGAAAAGCAGAGCAGAAUACAACCAGCAGCACCAGCCUUUUAGCAUUUCCUAAACAGGAGGAAAUGCUCAAGCCUUUUGGUUUUCCCAGACUGCCCUUUUCAAAGGCUGAAAGUCAACCCCAGAAUGACUCUGCCAAUAUCAAGAUAAACAGAAAGACAACUCCUUUGCUUUAUUAUCUCUCUGGUGGGAGAAAUUCCAGCCUUAUGAAUCAUAAAAAUCUGGAUCAAGAACAUGAAGACUUUUUGAUGAAAUCUCCACGGAACAAUCAUUCAGGCUUGGCUGAACCAGGAAUAAGGCCAAAAGACAGUAACAGCCACGCGGAUGAUAUUGUCAACAAGAAUGAAGGUUCCUUGGAUGAAAAGUUCAAGAAUGACUACCGAGAAAAACUUAAAUUUGCCCAACAGAAAGUCCUAAGAGAGACAUCUUUUAAGAGGAAGGAUUUACAGAUGAGCUUGCCUGUUCGGCUAAAAGAGAAGCCGUCUUCAAGGCCAUCUAUUGAACAUCUAAGAUCAUUUUCAUUAUCUAGUACAAAUGAGGACUCCAAAUCAAUUCCUCCAACCAAGCCACAGGAAAAUACCUAUGCAGACUGGGAAUCCAAAAAACCACAGACUCUUCGAAUUGGAGCCAGGAAAAGGGCAACCAAAGAACAAAAGAAGAUGUCUUAUUCUGAACCUGAUAAGCUCAAUCAAUUGGAUGAUCAGAAGGAUCAAAAUAUAUCAUGGGGACAGAAAAAGGCAAGAUCCCGGUCUGAUGAAAUUACCGGACAGGGGAUAAGGAUAAUCAGAAGUAAAGCUCUGGAAAAUCAAGGCAGAGCCAUUUCAAAAGCUGAACUGAAGCAAUUGCAACAGAAUGCACUCCUAGAGUACAUGGAACGAAAGAUUGGGCAACAGCCUGCCGUGGCAAAGAACUGGUCACAGCAGACUUCACAACUCAGAAUUCUGAGUUCAAAGAGGCUUCCAGAAGACAACAGUUCCAAUCCUGAUAUCAUUAGGAAGUCACAGAAUAUGUCCUUUCCUUUCCCUGCUUCUGGGAGAAUUCAUGAACCACCUUCUUCCUUCCCUACUUUAACCUGCACAACCACCACAACUGAUAGAUGUAUUGUCAGAUCACUGGAGUCUGACCUGUUGAAUUCAAAAGCACAGCCUGCUAUCAGUGAAGAAAGCUAUAACAGCAAAUAUGUACCUGCUCAAAGUUUUCUUCACUCAGAUUCUGUUUCUAGCAGAGUUCGAGAGAGAUCCCAAUCAGUUCCUUCUCCUGUUCAGGAUUACUAUAGAUCUACAGCUUUUUCAACCUCGUCAUCUCAGGAUCAUGAAUAUUAUGCUGCACACCACAGCUUCUCUGUGUCUAAGAAAGAAGAUUCUGCAGACAGUGAAGAGGAUAAGAAAUCCUUAGAGAAUUCACACAGUAAAGAAGUUGAAUUGUCUUCGUUCUCCAAAGAAAACAGUAAGAAUUCUCAGUUGAAGCAACAAAUAAGUGAAAACUUGGAAGUGUUCAGUGAUCCUGGGGGAACCCAGUGGCAGCACAGAGAGGAAGAAGAUGCAUCAGAUCAGUCAGAAGAAAGAACAGACAAUUGCACAACCCUGUUAGACAAUGAAGGACCUCAACAUUUGAGUCAACAAUUUGCAAAUUUAAAAGUUCCGCAAAAUGAACAGGAGCAUCAGUUUUCAUUGCAAGAUACAGCUUUAUCCAUAGCUCAGUCAAAAUCUCAACAGGAUCAAAAGUAUGGCCAUCUUGCAGUGGAGGUUAUUGCGGAAGACAGCUCUCUGGUUGACAUCCUCAUGCCUCAUCCCUCAAGAAAGACUGUCUAUGAUCUCAUGGAAGGCCUUUUUCCUGUGAACAGUUCAGUGGUAGGGAGGACUCACAGAAGGAAUGGGGGAAAUCAAUCUGCCCAAGCAAAUGACCAAAGAAGCAAUGAGUGUGGAACAGAUCCAUAUCAUGGAACUGCAAAUGAGUUUGGAUACAGAGCGGAAGACGAGAUGUUUCAUAUAAAUGAAAUGAAUGAAAAUAAAGAAAAUAAAGAAAGUCUUCCUGAUGUAGACAGAAUCACAAGUAAGAAAAAGCAGCUUAUUUUGAGCAUCCAGUCGAAAUUGCAGAGUCUUCAAGAUGAGAAGGAACUUAUCCAGUCUGAAGCUCUGGAACAUGCUGCUCAUGGGAAGGUGCUGGACUCUCUGGUGCGAGAUCUAUGUAAACCCAAUGAGUUUGAGCGCUACCUGAUGUUCAUGGGUGAUUUAGAGAAAGUUGUGAACUUGCUGCUGUGUCUCUCCACCCGCCUUGCCCGGAUCCACAAUGCUAUGGGGAAAAUGGAUGAAAACACAGAUGCUGAGGAAAAAGAAUCCUUAAAUGAGCGGUACCGACUUUUAUCCAGGCAGCGGGAAGAUGCAAAGGACUUGAAGGAGAACUUGGAUCGCAGAGAAAGGGUGGUGUCAGGCAUUCUUUCCAAAUACAUGUCUGAGAAUCAGCUCCAGGACUACAAACACUUUAUUCAAGAGAAGAUAACUCUACUGAUUGAACAAAAGGACCUUGAGGAACAUGUUAAAUUUCUUGAAGAGCAACUGGAGAGACUAGAGAAGAGUAUUCUUCCUUAAAACCCUAUUAUUUGCUCUUGCUUUCCUAAAUAUCUAUUAACAAAGCAUCAUUUACGAUGUGAGCAAUGGCACCUUUUGAUUAUUUCUAGCAAGCCAUCACAAGAUCCCAUUGACAAAGGCUAAAUUGGCUCAGGCAUACAGUAUAUUCUUAGAAGAAAAAGACAAAGCCUUCACUGCAGAUAGCACUUUUUAAAAAAAAUAAUAAUCUUGAAAUGACUGGUACAAUGUGCAUUGUCUUUUCAUAAGGAAUUAAUGUGAUCCUUUCUUCUUUAUUGACUGCAGUCUGUUUUUUCAGACUGAUUAUAAUAAUAAUAAUUCCAUAAAUAUAUUUUAUGUUA